AAAGUUUGACUCUCACGUGCCAAGAAAUAAAAGCCCAACCUUAUGACGUCUGUUGGACGUGCACGUGCGGGCGAGUGGGUAGGCGUGGAUGAUAGCAAGUGUUGGAUCAUGUUGGAUUGAGGAUUGAAAGGACAGACAAUUUAUACGACUGAAUUUCGGACCUAAAACAUUCCAAUAACACGUUUUAAUAAAUCGCUGCACAAUGUUGGACGGAGUGAAACACAUCAUUAUUGUUUUAUCUGGGAAAGGAGGCGUGGGAAAAUCCACUGUCAGUACCCAGCUCGCGUUGUGUUUGAGAGAAGGAGGAUACAAGGUGGGGCUACUGGAUGUGGACUUGUGUGGUCCUAGUAUUCCUCAUCUUUUAAAUCUCGAAGACCAGGAUGUGCAUCAGGCCCCACAAGGAUGGAUUCCAGUGUAUGCUGAUAAAGAGAAACAAUUAGCAGUUAUGUCUAUCGGAUUCUUGUUGAAGAGUAAAAAUGAUUCAAUAGUUUGGAGGGGACCAAAAAAAACAGCUAUGAUCAGACAGUUUUUAAAUGAUGUAUACUGGGAAGAUCUUGAUUAUUUAAUUAUUGACACCCCACCAGGAACAUCUGAUGAGCAUAUAACUGUAAUGGAAAAUCUGAAAUCUCUGUCUGGAGAUGUGAAUGCUAAUUGUAAGAACUCAGCUGAAUUGUCUGCAACAUCUACAAUCAUGGAAGACAUUUUCUUUAGACAUAUGAGAUGUGAUGGAGCCAUUUUGGUCACUACUCCACAAAUUGUUUCCGUAGAAGAUGUUAAAAAGGAACUCAGCUUCUGUGAAAGAACAAAAAUUCCAGUUUUAGGAGAAUGUUCAAACAUCUUCUCUGUGGGAGGCGGCAGGGCAAUGGCUGAAAAGGCUGGAAUACCUUUGUUGGCGGAACUGCCCAUUGAUCCAAGGGUGUGGCAGAGCAUUGAGAAAAGAAGUAGUUGUGUGACCCUGAUGCCUGAAACUACCAUAGCAAAAAAAUUUUCAGAACUAGCUCUUGCAGUUGUGAAUGCUGUUGGAGAGAAUAACUGAAUGGUAUAAUAGAAUGUGUAAGGAAGCUUCAUGAAAGAGUUGAAGCUUUAUUUUUGUGAAUGUAUGACUUGUGACAUAGUUGUAAAUUAUUUGGCAUUUUUAAUUAAAAUAUAUAUUGUUCCAAAAAUGUGCUCAUUCUUUUCCUUGACCUCAUUGUCUUGUUAUUGUUGAAUUUUGUCUUUUAUCACAAUUGCAAAAUACCUGUUUCCUUACUUUCAAAAUAA